AAGUAAGAAAGCAGAAACAAAACAAGUUUUUUUUUACGUAGUUUCGUUGUUUGCUGUUUGUGGCUUUGAAUAUUAAGAGCUACGACAUUCCUUGCUUCCUGUUCGUGAAUAACACUGUGGUUGAUUUUUCGCCUAGAAGAUCUAGUUUUGCUGAGGGUGAAAAGAUGUAAAACGUCGUUCAGAGGUCUACAUCUACUCGGUACCGUUGGAACGGGAAACGUAAACGUCUUGCUACUUUAAGUUUACGCUGUAUUACCUCACCCUGUUUCAUGCCCUACAUAAAUUGAUCCUGCUAUACCAGAGGGACAAAAAAACAAACAUGAACGCUUCCGGCGGGACCAAAUGGCCUUCGGACCCGAACGCGUACGAGAUGACCACCCUAAUCGGGACCGGCGCCUCCGCCAGGGUGCACAUUGCCAGAACGAACGACAACAGAACAUGUGCACUGAAAAUAUUGGACUUGGAAGCGCUCGCGAACGACGACGUACUGGACGAAAUUCGGAAGGAAUUGCAGGCCAUGGCUUUGUGCCGUCACCCCAACAUCAUCUCGCACUACGUGUCUUUCCCCUACAAACGACAAAUGUGGCUGGUCAUGCCACUGAUGCCCGGAGGCAGUGCCGCGGACCUGUUGCGUUCGCAGUUCCCGGGCGGGUUUAAGAAUGAUGAACUCGGAACGGUGCUGCACAUUCUCUACGAAAUUUCAAAGGCGUUGGAGUAUUUACACGACGAAAAAAACAAGCAAAUCCACCGAGACUUGAAGGGCGCAAAUGUACUGCUCGGAGCACAGGUAUGGUGAAGGUUUUUACUUUUGUUCAAAGCGACUAGCAGCACCACGCAUUUUGCGUCUGUUGCUUUCUCUUUUUCAUUUCCCGUGAGUGCCCUACUAAUUUUCUCGAGUUUUGUAGGCAGUCCUUCUUUCGAGAUGACUUACAUAGCUAGAAAAAUAAAACGAAAACUUCUAUACCAGGGCGAAGUGUGCCUUGCAGAUUUUGGCGUUGCGGCCACACUGAAAGAGCAGCGAACAAGGAAUACCUGCAUUGGGACUCCACACUGGAUGGCCCCGGAAGUGCUGCAGGCCGGACAGAGCGGCGCGCAAUGGGGCUACACGCAAAAGGCGGACAUUUGGUCUCUGGGUAUCACCGCACUCGAACUGUACAACGGCGCGGCGCCCUACCAGCGCCAGCGGCUGCACUACUUCGAGAUCAUGGAGAACAUUUUGAACAUGCCCCCACCCGUCGCGCCCCAGGAGGCGGACCCCAGGUUUCGUGAGUUCGUCUCCUACUGCCUGCAGAAGAACCCAAGCAGCCGGCCCCGCGCUAAGGAGCUGAUCGGGGCCCAGAACUUCGGCUGGGAAAGACGGAGUCCCGACCGGCUGAAAGCGAUCAUUGAGAGCCUCCCCCCACUGGAGGAGAGGACAAUGAUCGGGCAGCUCGCCGAAACAUCCGGCUCCGGGGCGAGUGGUGGCGUGAAUGGACAGAGCGGUGCGGCCGGACAGAGCGGCGCGAGCGAAGAGUGGAAUUUUGAUUUGCCAGAAGACGAAACCGGUACCACGUUGUAACGGGCCGCGGACGAGCGUUGUAACGGGACCCGUCAUCUUUUCCAAUUUAACUGGAGAGGACGAUGAGGCAUAGAGAUAUUCUCUUCUAGGAAGAGGAGUUGGUGAAUCUAGAUAAUCAUGUUCAGUGACAUGUUCAACACGUUGUAGAACUAUAACUAAGCAGUCAGUGGCUGUUCUUCCUGAGGCUGAGCUUGGCCUUGACAUGCAUUCCAAUUUUGAUUGAAAUUUUCAUUAUCGCCAGAAAAUGCAACUACGCAUUUCCAUUUGUUUUGAAGAAAAAGCUAUACUCAUGUGGAUAAUCGAUGCUAGUAAUGUAAUUGUAAAAUAGACUUAUCUUUAUGUUUAUGAUGCUAAUUUGAAUUCUAGUAUUUCUUUUUCUAUUUCACCUAUGCUGCCGCAGCCGCUAUGAUACCAUCACAAAAAGAACAUAUUCAUGCUCCCUCGUUCGCGGGGACACAGACAAGAAGCAGUAUUCAAGAAGGGUACUGGGCACUGAAGCAGUAUUCAAUGAUUAUCAAAUUCAAAGACCAAGAGCCAUUGGAGUUUUCCCUCAUCCGCGGACAAAAAUACGCAUGUAGGCUCAAUUGUAAGAAUUUUUGCAACAACCACAAGCACUCUUCCAAUAGAAAAU